GAAGCUAUGAGCUCGACGCCAAAACCCGUCCUCUGCGGCACGCCAGGCUGCACCCUCAAGAAGGGCCACCUCGGGCUCUGCUCCAGCAACGCGCUCGUCGACGCGAGCCCCGCCUCGCGCCGUGCGGCCGUCGCGGCACGCCAGGCAGAGAGGGAGAGGGGUUCGGAGCGCGCGGCUUUCCAGAGCCCCACCGCGGCAAAGGCGCCGCCCAAGAUCCACCUCCGGCUCUCCGGCACUGGCGAGUGGCGGAGCGAGGCUCUCGCGGCCGACACGUCAGACCCCGCAGCAGACGCGGAAGCGGAGGCGGGCGGCGAGCCGUGGGGGAUCGUGCUCGACCGCUCGCGGCUGCACACCGUCGCGGAGCUCGACGAGACCGGAGCACCCUUCACGAUGGCGGAGCGUGCGGUCGACGCGGCGGUGCUUCGCGCGCCCUCCGACCCGGAAGAGGCGGGGCUGUCGCUUUCAGUGGCAGUGGCCCUCGCGCGCGGCUUCUCGUGCUGCCGCGGGACGCUGCGCCGCGUCUCCCUCCUCGGCUGGCGCUUCGACGGCAAGAACGCCCUCCGGGCGGUUCUAUGCGGCCUCCAGGGCUGUGUGCAACUGGAGGAGCUCGAGAUGCUCGGGUGUGCGGUGGUGGGGGGGAGGGGGCAGCGGCGCUGCUUCGGGAAGGAGGUCUCGCAGGCGCUGCUGCAGGACCGCCCCUCCACCCUCCGCCACCUCUCCCUCCGCUCGUGCGGGCUGAGCGCCGACGGGUGCGCCUGCCCUCUCUCCCCGGCGCCGUGCCUCCCGCCACCGGCCACCCGGCCCGCUGCGGCUCCCUGUCCCUAGCUCUGUCCGACACGUGCUGGCCGCGUGUCUCACCUCGCGAGCUGCAAGCUCGG